AUUUUUUGGUUAACAAUCGAUUUGUAUUCAAUUAAAUCGAUUUGAAAGUUUAUUCUUUUGAUAAUAUUAAUCGAAUCUUGUUAAUAUUUUUAUUAUCAUGAUGAUUUUAUCAUGAUUUUUGUUGGAUUAUGUUUGCGGUGGGACAAUUGUUUAAUUGGUAUAAUAAUUAUUACUCAUUUGGGUUAAUUUUGUCCCUAGUGUUUAUUAGUUUUACUCUUUAGUGAUUGUGUUGUCUGUUGUUUUUCCGUCUCUUUGUUGAUCUAGAUUGAAGGGGAAAUGCCAACAACCACAAUGGAGGUGAAUGAAACUGAUGGAAAGCAGAUUAGCUUACCAACCGCUAUGGAAAUAGGAGAAACCGAUGGUGAGGAAACAAAUUUGGUAACACCAAUGGAGAUAAGUGAAGGUAAUGACGAAAAGAAAACCAUAACAACAACUCAACCAACUACAAUGAAGAUUACUGGUGAAGCUGAUGGAGAUAAAUUACCAGCCAAUGUUAAGAAAAGUGAAGCUGAUGGCGAUCAGAAAACCCCACCAACCACAAUGGAGAUUGGUGAAGCUGAUGGUGAGCAAAAAUCACCACCUCAAGCGGCUUUAUCAUCUUCAUUGACACCUUCAACCUCAUCAUCCACAACAGUAACACCACCAACAACAGCAAUUACUACAUUAACCACAACAGCAGCAGCCAUAACAACAACAACAACAACAACACCAGCAACAACAGUAGCAUCAGCAUCAGCAACAACAACAACUUCAGCAACAGUAACAACAUCAUCUACUUUAACAAACACACUUACUACAACCGUGACAGCCCCAACCACAACAAUAACCAAUACUUUAACAUCAACGACCAGUACAACCUCAUCACCAGUAACCACGACAUCGGCAUCAACCCCAGUCUCAAGUAACUCGGUAAAUACUGGCGUUAUGAGUAGUAGUAAAAGUGAUCAAGGAGAUCAUAGUUACAGUGCACCCAAGGUACCACCGUUAAAGAUAGUUAUGUCAUCUUUAACUGGAAAUGGAUCUACAUCUUCGUCUAAUUUUGAAAGUCAAAAGGUUACAUCAUCAAAUGGCUCAUCUUCCAAUGUAUCAUAUGUUGUCUCUUCCUCAUCUGUUUCCAAUUCAACUGAAGAAAACAAAGGAGAUGAAACAAAUACUAAUUGUAAUAAUAAUUCUGCACCAAUAUCAUCAUCUUCAUCAUCACAAUCGUCCACUACAACAACCUCAUCAUCAUCAUCUUCUUCCUCUUCAUCCAAUCAACAGCCUUCAUCAACCUCAAAUUUUUCCUCUUCUGGUCGGGUGACCAGAAGUAGUCAACGAGCUGCUCAACAACAGCAGCAUAAAAAUUGUGAGUCCAGAGAUGAAACAACCUCAUCAUCAUCCAAUCAGGAGGGUGAAGACAAUCGUAAGGUUAUCUCACCUUCUUCCGUUUUUAAUUCCUCAGGUAAAUGUGAUUUCAAUAGUAAAGAUGGAAAUGAUACUCAAACCAAUUCCAAGGAGAGUAAAGAAUCAAUUAAAGAAAGUUCAUCAUCACGAAAGAGAAAACAUCGUCAUAAAGGAUCAACAUCAACCUCAUCUUCAUCUAAUUUCUCUAAAAAUGUUUCAUCUUCUGGUUCUAGUUCCUUACGAAGAGGAAACGAUGAAAGUGGAGGCAAUAAUAGUAAUAGAAACUCAGGUGAUAGGGUUGACCGUGAAGAUGAAGAUAAUGAGUCAACCUCUUCCUCUGCCUCUGGUGGAACGGAUAAUAAUGUUUCUAAGAAUGUAAAUAAUACUGGUACCGAUAAAACUGAUUCAAAUUCAACUGCUCAACCUAAAGACACAACACCUAAAGAAUUCCAAAUGCCCUCCUACAACUGUUACCAUAUGUAUCUUAAUAUUAGAAAACAAAUUGAUAAAAGAAGAACCCAAUUAUUACCUGUGCACCCAAAACCCCCUCAAGGUUUCAAGGAUUAUCUAUUAAAUAAGGGAUCUUAUCUAUUAGAAGGUAAAAUUCCUUCUGCAUCAGAAUUGAUUACACCUUCUAUAACUACGACAUCAACCACAACAACAACAACAACAACACCAUCAUCAACAACUAUAAAUUCAUCAUCUUCUUCCAGUUCAUCAAUGCCAUCCGGUCAUAUGUUAUUUAAAUCAGGAACAGCGAUCUUACCACCUCCUUGUCAGCCACCCAAGAGUAUCCAAGUGGGCAGUGCUUUAUAUUCAUUGUUUCUUGAACAGGAAAAGGCUCGUCAUAAAUUACGAAUUCAACAUAUGAUUGAGAAGGAUAAAUUACGAUUAUCGGCUGAACAGGAAGUUCUAAGGGUCCAUACAAGAGCGGCUCUUGCAUUGGCUAAUCAAAGUCAACCUUUCUCAUUUUGUACAAUAAUGAAAGAUGAAGAAAUUUAUAAUACAAUUGAACCUGAAACCGAAUCAACUAAUGGUGAUAUAUUAACAAGUGGAUCUUCCGCAACAGGUACUUCAUCAAGUUCCACCAAUUCAACAACUCGUACCAAUGAAUAUGCCCGAGCUUCUUUCACAAUAUCAACUGGUAAUUCUUCAACUGAUCUCCAUACCCUUACAGGUAACUCUGAGAAUCAUGGUUCUAGAUCAAGAUACAAUGGACGUUUGUUUUCUCAAUGGUUACAAGAUAUUGACGAUAAAUGGGAAAAGAUCAAGGAAUCUGCACUAUUAAGACAACGACGUGAAGCCGAAUCCCUUCAGGCCAUUCAAAAGCUUGAUUGGGAAUGGAAAGGAAAAGAAAAUGGUUACUAUGAUCCUAAAAGCCUUGGACUGGUCAAUAUAGAUGAUAGUUAUGUCCCUUUAGUUAAAGUGAUCGAUGAUUUUGAUCUUCUUCCAGUUUGA